UGGUGCUCAUCAAAUUUAAUCAUCUUUUUAAAAUAAAACCGGAGUCAGGCUAAGAUGAUAAUUUUAAAUUGAAGCAAGUUAUAAACGGUCCUCGGCGUCGACUGCGAAAGUCACUCUUGCGAAGAUGGCACAACACAUAGGCACUCUCUUGGCUGUUCUUAGCGUUGUUGUAGUUUCGUCAACUGCAGUUAAAUGUCCUGGGACAGCCACAUACACAUUAUCGUGGAAAGCUACUUGGACCCAAGCAAAUCAUCCGAAUACAGCCCUUCCAAGCAGUGCACACUUUUCUCCUUUAAUAGGUUGCUCUCACAGUGCGGACUACAUCAUGUGGCGAAGAGGACAGAAAGCUUCUUCUGGCGUUAAAUUGGUCGCUGAAAGAGGUUAGAAAAUGAACUUUUAAAUUGGUUGUUUUUUAGCCAUUGAACAAAAAUCCCUUUUUCCACAAAUUAAACAACAAAAUAAAACUUCUUGGCGACGAAAAAUUUAAAACGCUUCGACUUCCGUGAUCGGCCGACCAGAGAAUGGAAAUGUUGUUCGUUCAAUGAAAUUUUGUAUGAUCUUACUUCGUUCGUUUGAACGAUGCGGAUUUUUUUUCUCUACAUUUUAGCUUUAGUCAGUUGUAAACUUCUCAUCUGUAAGCGCAUUUCCAGAAAUAAUUACUUUGUCAAAAGUCUCGAUCGUCUACAAAUAUUGGGAAUAAAAAUUUACAAAUCAUGACGUUAAGGGCGUUACAGAAUAUUUGACAAUUAUUCGCCUCAGGCUCGGUGAACGUUUUUUAGUAAUCUCCGAGACGGAUCCAAGGGUAUUAGUCAACAAUAUAUAUAGAUAUAUAUAUAUUCAUUGAGUCUAAGGCAGAUAAUUGUUUCAGUAUAAUUGUUCAGGUGCUUUCAAAUUCUGUUUUAAAAAUCGUUUUGUUUUUGAGACCAUUCUAUUAAAAUUGUUACGAUUACUCGUAUCGAGUUAAGCAGCCAGUUUCCACUAGAAUUUAACAGGUUACUCGAUUAAAUCAGCAAAAACUUCAUAUCUUUCUUUUGAAAAGUUUUAAUCCAAACUGAAUAGCAUCUUUUGGCUCUUUAGCGUUGUAUUUUCGUCCAUGGCGUUCAUCACUUUUUUUUGUGUACCAUUGACAAAAUGCGAGGCAGCCAAUUUGAAAUUUAGCACCCCAGCUGCAAUCGUCUCGCGCGAGAUGAUUAUGGCGAGAUAUGGCGCAAUUCUCAACCAAUCAGAGCGCACACAUCUCUAUUAUUACCGGAGCACUAAAUCAAUUUAACUUCUUGCUUUCUGGUGAUGUUAAUCAGAACUGCGAGUGUAACCUCUCUGUCAUGACUUGACCAUUAUGCCUGUGUCAGGAGAGAAUCAUGGCAAGAGACAGUGAGGGAGAGUUGAUUUUUCUCUCUUAAACUGGCGGUGAAAUGUCACAGGAAAGUAGCGGCACCUUACCUGAAGAAAAAUACCAUUGGAAUUAACGCCUGUUGGCUGAUUCAAUAUUAAGGAGCCUCACAACACCAAAAAGUGAAUGAAGAUGAUAUUCGACGGAUGAUCAAAAAAGAUUUGAAAUAUUGUGACGUUUUUCAUAGGUCAAACUGGAACCCUUAAAGGCGAAAUAGAGUCUCAAAUCUCUGGGGGAAAAGCCUUGCAGCUCAUUCUGCCCGCGGGACCUGGGCUUGAUGCAGUGGAUGAACUGACCAGUAUUCAAGUCAAGGUUACCUCCAACUUUUCAAGGGUGUCUCUGAUCAGUAUGCUCGCUCCAUCCCCCGAUUGGUUCGUAGGAAUUGACAGCCAUGAUCUCUGUGACAAUGGCCAGUGGCGAGAGACCUGGAACGUGACCAUGUUACCACCGUAUGAUUCAGGCACAGAUAGCGGGCUUCAGUUUAACAGCGUCAAUCAAGCGACAGUGCCAUUCGUAGACAUUUUCCGGAUCACUAACACCAUGGAGGGUGCAUUUAAAGCCACAAAUCCCAUCGUAAGCCUGGGAGAAUUCCGAUUUAAAGGGCUUAACCUCACGCAAAGCCAAAUGUAUAAACCAACUAGUACCAUGACUACGAAACUCUCACAAACCACAACGGCGCUGUACGACUCAGCCAGCAAAGAUUCGGUUGGCUUGUUGCUCUUUAUAGGCGCUCGUUUCAUACUGGCUUGGCUGUUUUGAGUUAAAAACUAAGCAUAGAGACUACAUAGAAACCCAGGGUGUACCAGAUGCUACACAGGGUAACGAUAUCCUAGGAGUAUAUUAGGGGUGUACCAGAUGUCAUAGUGAGAAGCUGACGUAUCUCAUGGGUGAACUAGAUGUUGCACAAGGAAACUUUAUCCCAGGGAUGAACAAGCUGUUAGUUGUCCAAAUCCUAUUUACGUAACCCAUAUGGUCCUAGCUGACUAUCUGCAUUAAAAACGUU